UUGACAUAUAUUCUCUGUGAAUUAAUAUUUAAGAUUUUCUAAAUAACAGCUUGGCAUUCCAGUAAGUUGAUAGCUGAGAAAAGAUACGGUAAACGCCUGGCAAAAAAUUAGAUGUAUAGUUUGAAAUCUUUUUUAGAGUAUUUGUCGUAUUUGUCAUUCACGUUGUCAUGUGAGUCGAGCGAGUGGAGACAGGUUAACCUAGGUUAUCUCAGCGCUAUUUUAUUAUACAACAUCUAAAGCCAGUGUAAAAAUGAAGGAUAAGACAACUAUUCACGUAUUACAGUGUAAUCGGUGAUCGAGCUUGAACGUUUGGAAUGCAAGUUUCCACAACGGAUUUUGUCGAGAAGAAAAUUUUGAGGUAUCUGUCAUUCAGCUAUGUUAAUAUCAAGAAGAUUAUUAAAAACCAUAGCUGUAGGCACAGUUGGCUUGGGAACUUUGGCAUCUCUAAGAGCAAACGAGUACGAUGUAGGAGCAAUCGGCAUAGUUCGAUUAGGUCGAGCUGCUGUUACAGUUUUUCAAAUAGGAAAUCAUUAUCAAAAACAUCUUUACAAAGCUAAUGUACCAAGAGGCUCUCCAGAGUAUGAAGCUUUAAAAUCCGAGGCUCACAAAUUUGGUGCACAACAACUUCUGGAACUUUGCUGUGCCAACAAAGGGGUUUACAUUAAGGUGAAAAUCUUUAAUAUUAAAGCCCCUCUGAGAGGGGCUAAGUUUUUUUGAAAAUAUAUACAUAUA